AUGCCCUGGGCUGAGCUCGUUACCCUUGAUUUGAGUCGAUAUGACCAGGCGGGAGAUAAGGAAGAGCUUGUGAAACAACUCGACCAUGCUGUGCGACACGUCGGCUUCUUCCACGUAAAGGACUUCAAUAUCAGCCAAGAAGAAAUAUCGCCAAUUUGCUCUCGCAGCACCGAUCUCGAGAGUGGCGAGUACGAUGGUUACAGACCAGCUGCUCCUGGACUGGGCAACGGUAUAAAGGGCAAUAUCCAAGUCUACAACAUUCCCAAAUUCGAUGGCUACCACAAGCGAAAGCAACCUCCCGUUCUCGCAGACCACAUCGAUGAAAUCGAAUCAUCGUUCAGCCGAAAAUGCCACAGCGAAGUAGUCGUUAAGCUCCUCCGCCUCUUCGCGAUCCUGCUCGAACUUCCCGACGAAGACAACUCGCCCACGACCACCAAUACGACCGACGAGGAAAACACGAAGGUCGCCAGUAUCUACACCCCAGGCCACACAGAUCUCGGCACCGUCACCCUCCUCUUCCGCCAGCCUGUCGCGGCGCUGCAGAUUCUCAACUCCGAAGGGGAGUGGAAAUGGGUGCGCCCGCAGGAUAGCACGAUCACUAUCAACACCUGCGAUGCGUUGACGGCGCUCACGGGCAGGCUGAUCAAGUCGAGCUUUCAUCGCGUGCAUGCGUCCCCUCCCGUCCAAGCGCAUGUGGAUUGGUUGGGGGUGCUGUAUUCUGCACGGCCUAACAAUCAUGUCCUGCUGAACCCAAUCACGAACAGUCCGCUGCUCAACCGCCUUGGGCUCACUCAAAAUGUACGGCAGACUCAGCAGCAAAGACGCAACCGGGAUGUGAAGGUCUCUAACGACGGGAAGUUUUCCUACGGGGAGAUGAAAUCAGAGGUACUUCCUGGAUUGGAAGUCAAGGUGUACAAUUAG